UAUUUUACUCUGGAUAUGCUGCUUAUCUUCUUGACUUUACGUAUGGGCACUACAGACUUUUUUGGCUAUAGCAGAAGGCAUAUGGCCUGGCUACUAAAAUUAGCUUCUGCUUGUCAGAGCCUGCAGAGGCAGUUGUGCCGGCCCUCGGGAAGAGGAGGAAGGGGCUUUCCUUUUUUGCAUCACUCUGUCACAGCCUGCAAAACAUAGCAGUUGCAUGUGCUGCUCAUCGUGGUUUGCUACUGUCGCACCUCAGCUUGUCUAUGCCACCAGUACCUGUGGGUAAAUCAAAACUGUCUUGUCUACCAGAGGAUUUUAGUAUGUCCCCUUCUCCAAACCAUUUUGUCUUCCUCAGUUCUGUUUGGUUUUUUAAGCAGGACAACAUCAUGACAUGAAACGAUAACGUCUUGUGCAUGGGUCUUCCAGGCAAGGGAGCAAAACAUUCGGAAUCUGAUCAUCUUCACGGGUCUUUGACACUGAGAGUGGAGCUCUUCAAUAUUGCUUCAAAUCUCAACAGAAUAGUUACAAGUGUUACCCUAAUGAAUCGCUGUAAGAAAAUACCACUGAGCCACACACAGGUCAGAGAAAGUUGAGGGCUCCAUGGCAGAGCCCUUCUGCAACCUGCGAUUUCUUUCUCAGUCUGAAUUUUUCACAGGCAUAGGUGGGAAGCAUCGAGCUCAGAGGCUAUAUAGGCUUUCCGAUGCCAACUCUAUGGCUAUGUACAAAUUUAUCAUUUUAUGAGGCCAUUUGGUUAUACAAUUGGAAAAAAAGGUGCACAUUGUUAAGAGGAGAAAUCACUAUAAUUUUUACUGUUUUUAACAUAGGUUUGUUCUGCAGAACAUAUUUUCUGCAGAACAUGAAAAUCACAACUAUCUUGUUUGCAAUAGGAUUUUUACAUGUCAAAGAUGUAUUUUUCCUGGGCAUGUGAUGAUUGUUCUGUUGCUCCACGAUGUCAUGAAAACUUAGACAGAUUUUUGAUGUGAUGCACCGUUCAGUUUUGUCACUUCUAACACCAGUCUUUUAAAAUGCACCUUGCUCAGAGGUGAAGAGCAACCUGAUCCAACUGUGCCGGCAGAAGCCCGUGCUGACCCUGCGGCUGUCCCACAAACCCCUUUUGCACGUGCUAUGUUAGUGAAAAGGGAGUGAAGCUGCUGCAGGAGCCACAACCCCUCUGGAACAGCUCUGUCCAUGUGCUGUAACAGGCAGCUGAGGGAAUGGUGUCUCGGCAAUGCUCAGGAAAUACAGCUGUGGAUCAGAGUUUCUGCGUUCAAAGGAGAUGCACACUUUGUACAGGGUGUAAUUAAGCUGUAAACCUCAUUGCCACAGGAUUUUGUGUGUGCUGGAUUUUUAUGUUUGUCUGCAAAGCAAAGAAAUUCACAUGGAAAGGAGCCACCAAUGGGGAAUUAAACACAAAGAUACUGGAAAUCCUUGAGCAAAGGCUCACCAGGGGCUGGGAGACUAAUAGGGAAGCGCUGCUCUUGCAUUCCCUUAUUCUUUCCUCUUUUUGCUGGACAUCUGCUAUUACUCACUGCAGGAUUAGCAACAGGAUCUUCUUUCUUUUAAAUGAUCCCAUACUGACAGAACCUGUCAUGAGCUCUGGAGAGAGCUGGCUUCAGUCCUUCGCGCUGCCACACAAUCUCUGUGUAACCUCCUUCUUCCUUCCUUCGUGGAAAAAUGGAAAUUGGAGCAUUUUCCACCCUCUGUCAGGGUCGAAACCUGCUUACAUUAGGCUUGGGAAGUGCUUACAAAUGCAGGGGGGUUUGUGUGUGUUGGUGCCCAGUGUUGCCGUGGAGCUGGGCUCUGUUGACGAACUCAGACUCGUGGUGGCCAGGGUGCCAUGGGCCCACAGCAGAUGUUGGUGACAGUGGUGGGGCUGCUCCAGGACACAGCUUUCCACGUGGCCAAGUGCACAGCAGAGGCUCUGAAGCUGAAGUUUCCAAGCAAGUUUGCAGAUCCUGUAAUACAGCCUUUAGUAGAAUCUGCAUGGCAUGAAUAUUUACAAGAGAAAAAGAAGGAACUGAGAGGUGAGGUGUGGGGAUACACCUCCUCGGUGAUGUGCUUCCUUGAUGGCCGGCUGCUGGGGGAUGAGAAGGAUCUGCUCAAGUGGUCUUACCAUGAGUGGGGCUAUCGUGACUAUAGGCCUGAGGCGCUUUACCAAGCGAUUGCUGAGGAUUUCUACAGCAAAUAUCUGAAAAGCACCCAGCAUGUGUUUGUGUACCUGGAGAUAGCCAUUGAGGAACAGCCCAUCGGGAGGCUGCUCUUUGAGCUCUUUUCAGAUGUGUGUCCCAGGACCUGUGAGAACUUCCGGGCUCUGUGCGUCGGAGGAGCAAAGUCUUGCUGUGAUGGCCGAGAGCUCACCUACAAGAACUCCCUUUUUCAUCGCAUAGUGAAAAAUGGGUGGAUCCAAGGAGGAGAUAUCAUCACUGGAAAGGGAGACCAAGGAGAGUCAAUUUAUGGUCCCACCUUUGAAGAUGAAAGCUUCUCCAUCCGUCACAAGGGAAGAGGGAUCCUUGGGAUGGCCAACAAGGGCUGCCACACCAAUGGCUCUCAGUUCUACAUCACCUUCCAGCCAUCUCCCUACCUGGACAAGAAAUACGUGGCUUUUGGGCAACUGAUCGAGGGCACGGAGGUCCUUCAGAGACUGGAAGCUGUCCCUACGGAUAAUGAAAGGCCUAUGGUACCCUGCCAGAUUACAAACUGUGGGACCUUUGAGCCGUGAUCACCAGUUGGUUUUCCUGCCUGCUGAAAGAUCCAACAACAACAACUCAGACUGCCAUGAUCCUGCUGACUGUAUGCUGCAACAAAGUCCCAAGAUGCUGACUUCAAGAAAAAACAGACAAACCACAUUUAUCAUUCACUUGGAUUCCACCAACCCCCAGGAUUACAUGAUAGACAUGUUUGCACUCGCUUGUGGGGGCAUGCUGUAGCUGUAAUUCUUGCCCUGCUGGUAAUCUCAGUUCUGUUUGAUUAUGUACUUCAUUUUCUCCCACUUUUUACACAUAUAUACACACUAAUUAGCA